GUGUCUUCGAGAGAGUGAGAGAAGUGUCGCGCCGUCUGUCGUCUCGGACGACGACUCCUUUGUGUUGUUGUUUUGUGUCGUCCUUUCAAACAACUUUAAACAACAUGUCGUUCGUGUGUUUCGCGUGCGGACAACACAUCCGCGAACGACACGUCCUCGAAUGCGAUCGCCGUCAUUGGCAUCAGUCGUGUCUGCGAUGCGCGGCCACUGGCCAUCCGCCCACCGACGACCGAAUGUUUACAUUACAUAACGGACAGUAUGUCUGUAGAGAACAUUACAGAGAUUUGCAAUCAAUUUGUAGAGUUUGUCGACAAAGAAUAGACGCUCACGAGUGGAGAGUCCAAACACCGCAACGGCUGAACAUUCAUCAGAAGUGCAUGUCUUGUGCCGCGUGUCGACAAUCGCUGGAUACGGGCGACAAGUUUGUCUUUACGCCGAUUACCACCACUUCUCAAGACAACCAACAACAACAACAGCAGCAGUCGUCUGGAGGACGACUCUUGUGUCACAAAUGCGCGGCUCCACCGCACGGACAACAAGCAUCAUCGGGCGGACGACGCGGCAGACGUCGGGCGACGACAACGACGACGGCAUCGAAUCAGACAUAAAGAAAAUAGCAAUAAAUUUCUUUCAUUUUUUUUUAA